UCGUUAUCCUCAAACUGAGGCGCACGCAGUCCGUUCUGUCCGUACAGUCACACACGCACACACACACCUGCGGGAGGAGCUGCGCUGCGCUGCGGAGCGCUACGGGGCUUGAGACCGGCUUCGCUCACACUCAACUUGGGCAUCAUCAUCAUCGGCGCUGGCGGAUAGCGGAUCUGCUCGGGACUACAUCCAGCCACGAUGUCCGACUUUAUUUUGGCAUUUCUGAGCAUGUCGGGAUUAAUUCUGCUGGUUAAAACACUGACAGUGGCUGGGGCUGAGCAAGUGUGUGACGUGGAGGAAUAUCUGUGUGCAGAUGGCCACAGCUGUGUUUCUGAGAGCUGGCUGUGUGAUGGGGAGCUCGACUGCCCCGAUGGCUCUGAUGAAACGCCAACCAUAUGCCUCUUGAUUUUAAAGGUGAGAUGUCCCGUCAAUCACCUCAAGUGCCUCGGCACCCACAGGUGUGUUCAUUUCAGUAAAUUCUGCAAUGGAGUACGAGACUGCGAGGACGGCUAUGAUGAGGGUGUGCAUUGCCGUGAGUUGGUGCGUAGCUGCAAGGAGCGGAGGUGUCAGUUUGACUGUGUGAUUAUGAGAAACGGGACAUCCUGUUUCUGUGGGGAAGGUUUUGAACUGGAGGAGGAUGGGAGACGAUGUAGAGAUCAUGAUGAAUGCAGGGAUUAUGGGACAUGCAGUCAGAUCUGUAUGAACACGCAGGGAUCGUACAGAUGCGCUUGCACAGAUGGCUUCAGCCUGCAGGCCAACAGACGAUCCUGCAAAGCCAAAACAGAUCCUGGUGAUAAACCUCCGGUUCUGUUGACAGCAAAUAUGAAUUCUAUAUCAGUUGUUUACCUCAAUGGAUCAUCUAUGCCAAAUCUCAAGUCCAUGGACACAAGUGGGAUUCAACUAUUAGACUUUAUUUAUAGAGAAGAGUCACUCUGUUGGCUCUCAUUGGCACAGGAUACAGGUCAGCUGUGGUGUGCCCGCAUGACCAAGCUCAAAGGCUUUUCAGAAAAACGCCAAAUACGGAUAGGUCAGAACCUGCAAAAUGUGGAGCAUAUGGCCAUCGACUGGUUGACAGGAAACUUCUACUUCGUAGACAGAGUGAACGACCGGAUAUUCAUGUGCAGUGAACAGGGAGAUGCAUGUGUCACCAUCAUUGACCUGGACAUCCAGAACCCUAAAGGCCUAGCGCUGGAUCCCAUCAUGGGAAAACUAUUUUUCACGGACUAUGGGACGGUAGCCAAGGUGGAACGCUGCAAUAUGGACGGCACCAACCGAACCAGGAUAGUAGAGUAUAAAACCGAACAGCCGACCGCCGUGACGUUGGACUUGGUUAAGAAGCUCGUCUACUGGGCAGACGCUUAUCUGGAUUUUAUUGAAGUUGUGGAUUAUAAUGGCAAGAAUAGACACAUGGUCAUCCAAGGAAACUCGGUGUCGCACCUGUACGGAUUAGCUCUCUUUGAAGAUUACCUGUUUGCGGUGUGCUCUGAACCCUCCAGAGAGAGCAAGGUGGACAUAUUUAGGAUAAAUCGGUUUAACAGCAGUGACACAAACACUGUUACCACUUUGGAAAGUGCCAGAGCCGUCCGAGUUUAUCAUAGACUGGCUCAACCUACAGUCAGGACUCACGCAUGCAGCCCUGACCCACAUGGACGAAAAGGUGGAUGCACGCAUAUCUGUCUCCUGAGCCACAACUACAAAUCACGUGUGUGCCGCUGCCGGACCGGCCACGUCCUUGCCAGCGACGGGAAGUCGUGCAAAAAACCAAAGAAUGAGCUGUUCCUGUUUUAUGGGAAAGGACGACCCGGGGUUAUCCGAGGUCUGGAUAUGAAUGUCAAGUCUGGAGAUGAACAUUUGAUUCAAAUUGAAGGGCUCGUAAGUCCCAGAGCACUGGAUUUCCAUGCAGAGAGUAGCUAUAUCUACUUUGCAGACACAACAAGCUUCCUAAUUGGACGGCAGAAGAUUGACGGAACCGCUCGGGAAACGAUCCUUAAAGACGAGCUGGAUAAUGUUGAGGGUAUUUCGGUGGACUGGAUCGGUAAUAACCUGUUCUGGACAAAUGACGGUUAUAGAAAGACCAUCAGCGUGGCCAGGCUGGACCGGCCCUCGCAGACCAGGAGAACGCUUUUAGAAGGCAAUAUGUCUCAUCCCAGGGCCAUUGUUGUGGAUCCUCUAAACGGAUGGAUGUAUUGGACGGACUGGGAGGAGGAUGAGUUAAUUGACAGCAGAGGAAGGAUAGAGAAGGCCUGGAUGGAUGGAUCUCACCGUCAGAUCUUUGUCACAUCCAACAUGCUGUGGCCCAACGGCCUCACUCUGGACCACUCCUCCAGCGUCAUGUACUGGUGUGAUGCCUACUAUGACCACAUUGAGAAAAUCUACCUUAACGGCAGCCACAGAACGGUGGUGUACAGUGGGAAAGAGCUAAAUCACCCAUUUGGGAUUGCGCAUUACCAGAAUUACAUAUUCUGGACGGAUUACAUGAAUGCCUCAAUAUUCCGUCUGGAUUUGUCAUCCAAUGAUGUUGCCCUACUGCGGGCAGAAAGACCACCUCUCUUCAGGAUUCAGGUGUAUGACCCGCAGAGCCAGAAAGGUAAUAACCAAUGUUCAGCAAAUCACGGUGGCUGCAGCCCUUCGGCUCUAUGCCUCUGUACACCUGCAGGUCGCGUGUGUGCCUGCGCAGAUGGCCAACGUCUGGAGAAAGACAAUGUCACCUGUUCAUCCCCAUCAGAGAUCACUAAGACAAAGCGCUGCGGCCCAGCGGAGUUUCAGUGCCAGAACCAGCGUUGCAUUCAGCUCUCGUGGAAGUGUGACGGGGAUGAUGACUGCUCAGACAGCAGCGAUGAAGAUCCACACCUCUGCUCUAAUCGCAGCUGCCCAGCGGACCAAUUUAAAUGCCUGAACAACCGCUGUAUCCCGAAGAGAUGGCUGUGUGACGGCACCGACGAUUGCGGCAGCAACGAGGAUGAGUCCAACCGCACCUGCUCAGCCCAAACCUGCCAGCCGGGCCAGUUUCCCUGCGAGAAUGGACGCUGCAUCCCAGAGAACUGGCGCUGUGACCGUGAUGAUGACUGCGGGGAUCAGUCAGAUGAGUCUUCGACAUGUGAUUUCCCAACUUGUGAACCGCUGACCCAGUUCGGCUGUACUAAUGGGAGAUGCAUCAGUGUGAAAUGGCACUGUGAUUCCGAGGAUGACUGUGGGGAUGGCAGUGAUGAGGUGGGCUGCGUUCAUGCCUGUUCGGUGGCUCAGUUUCAGUGCUCCAGUGGGAAAUGCAUCCCUGAGCACUGGAUGUGUGACGGGGACAAUGACUGCGGUGACCUCAGCGACGAGAACGCCACCUGCUCCAGGACAGCGCUCUCCGCCGUUAGCGACUGCAGCGAGAAAGAGUUCCACUGCCGUGGUGACGGCACCUGCGUUCCCGAAAUAUGGCGCUGCGAUGGAGACAAAGACUGUGAGGACGGUAGCGAUGAAUUUGCCUGUGAGGGAGCCAAGAGAAUGUGUGACCCCAAGGCAAAGUUCACCUGCAAGGUCUCAGGGAAAUGCAUUAGUAAGGACUGGGUGUGUGACGGAGACAUCGACUGCGAGGACCAAUCGGAUGAGGAGGGGUGUGAAGUGUCCGUCUGUAAGGCUCCGAAGUUUCCCUGCGGCAAUGACACGUCUGUGUGCCUCCCGCCAGAGCGAAUCUGUAACGGUUGGAGGGACUGCGCGGACCAUUCCGACGAGGGACCAUACUGUGAUGAGUGUUCGGUGAGGAAGGGCGGCUGCAGUCACGAGUGCUCAGUGGCGCCGGGUAAAGGGGUUGUGUGUUCCUGUCCGGCCGGGUUCCAGCUGGGUUCGGAUGGCCGGACGUGCGAAGUCCUGGAUUACUGUACCAAGCACCUACGCUGCAGCCAAGUGUGUGAACAACACAAGAAUACUGUGAAAUGCUCCUGCUAUCCAGGCUGGAGUCUUGGACCCGAUGGAGACAGCUGUUAUAAUACAGAUCCUUUUGAGGCUUUCAUCAUUUUUUCCAUCAGACACGAAAUUCGCCGCAUCAACCUGCAAAGGGGCGACUACAGCCUGUUGGUCCCCGGGCUCAGGAACACCAUCGCUUUGGAUUUCCAUUUCAGCCAGAGCCUGCUGUAUUGGACCGAUGUCGUAGAGGACAAAAUUUACCGUGGGAAGUUGUCAGAGGGCGGUGGUGUUUCGUCAAUCGAGGUGGUGGUCCAGCAUGGUCUAGCCACUCCAGAAGGCCUUGCUGUUGAUUGGAUAGCGGGAAAUCUCUACUGGAUUGACAGUAACCUGGACCAGAUUGAGGUUUCCAAACUAAAUGGCGAAUUACGAACCACCCUCAUCGCGGGGGGUAUGGAACACCCUCGGGCCAUUGCUGUGGACCCCGGCCAGGGUGCCUUGUUCUGGACCGAUUGGGACGCCACAUUUCCUCGCAUCGAAGGUGCUUCCAUGAGCGGGAAACGGCGACAUGUGGUUUUCAGGGACAUGGACUCCGGCGCUUGGCCCAACGGACUGACCUUGGACCACAUGGAGAGCAGGAUAAUUUGGACAGACGCCCGAUCUGACGCUAUAUACUCUGCUCUAUAUGACGGCACGGGGAUGAUUGAAAUUCUUCGAGGCCAUGAGUUCCUCUCUCACCCCUUCGCUGUGUCUCUAUUUGGAGGGAACGUCUAUUGGACCGACUGGAGGACCAACACUUUGACCAAAGCCAACAAAUGGACCGGAGCCAAUGUAACUGUGAUCCAAAAAACUAGCGCCCAACCCUUCGACCUGGAGAUAUACCAUCCUAGCAGGCAGCCACAAACUCCUAACCCAUGUGCUGAUAACAAAGGAAGAGGCCCAUGUUCCCACCUCUGUCUUAUAAAUUAUAAUGGCUCUGCAUCUUGCUCCUGUCCACACCUCAUGAAACUGUCGGCCAACAACCGAACCUGCCAAGGUGUGAAGAAGUUUCUGUUAUACGCUCGGAGAUCUGAGAUUCGAGGAGUGGACAUCGACAACCCAUACCUCAAGAGAAACUUUUCUAUCAUGGCCCCUCACCACCUAUCCAAUGUCCGUAGCCUGGCUAUUGAUUGGCUGUCCAGAAACAUGUACUGGAUGAGCUCAGACAACGACGAGACCCACAUUAACGUCGCCCGUCUUGACGGAUCUCUCAAAAACACUGUUGUUCACGGGAUGGACAAACCCAAGUGUCUCCUCCUGCAUCCAUCAAAAGGGAAGAUGUUCUGGAUGGAUGGGAGCACUAUAAAUAUGGCCAAUAUGGAUGGCAGCAACAUCAAGAUUUUGCACCAGAACCAGAAGGAGCCUGUUGGGCUGUCGAUCGACUACUCGGCCAACAAGCUGUACUGGAUGAGUUCCGGAAACGGAACCAUUAAUAGGUGUAACCUGGAUGGGAGUGGCCUGGAUGUGAUUGACAGCUUGAAAAAAGACCUGCGGAAAGCUACGGCAUUAGCAGUGAUGGGUGGGAAGUUAUGGUGGGCAGAUGAUGUUCUCGCUCAGCUGGGAACCGUUAACAAGAGGGACGGAAAAAACCUGACAGUUCUUCGGAAUAAGACCACAGGCGUCGUCCACAUCAAAGUGUAUGACAAAGACAGUCAGAAAGGUCGCAAUCCUUGUGUACCGAACAAUGGUGGAUGUUCCCAGCUUUGCCUUCCCACUUCUGAAACAACUCGGACGUGUUCUUGUACUAUGGGCUACAACCUUCGCCCGGACCGCUCCACCUGUGAAGGUCUUCAGUCUUUCCUGAUGUACUCCAUUAAUGAAGGUAUAAGAGGAGUGUCUCUUGAUCCCAGCGAUAACUCUGAAGUUUUGAUGCCGCUAACUGGCACUCUGUUCGCCGUGGGUCUGGACUAUCAUGCCAGAAAUGACACAAUUUACUGGACAGACAUGGGCUCCAACAGAAUCUCUAGAUCCAGUCGAGAUCAGACCUGGAGAGAGGACAUCGUCACAAGCGGUCUCGGACGUGUUGAAGGACUAGCGGUGGACUGGAUUGCAGGUAAUAUUUACUGGACGGACCAUGGCUUAAAUCUCAUCGAGGUUGCUCGAUUGAACGGCAUGUACCGGGCUGUGGUAAUAUCUGAUGGUCUUGAUCAACCCAGAGCCAUUGCUGUACACCCAGUGAAAGGGUUUCUCUUCUGGACGGAGUGGGGCCAGAGUCCUACCAUCUCUAGGUCACGUCUCGAUGGUUCAGAGCAAUCUGUGCUUGUUAGCACCGGACUAGCAAGACCCAAUGGCAUCUCCAUAGACUAUCAGGAAAAUAAAUUAUACUGGUGUGACACCGGCAACAGCAAGAUUGAAAGAAUCAACGUUGAGCGGGGUGAGCAGAGGGAGAUUGUGUUCUCAUCGAGUGGGGUGGAUAUGUUUUCCAUAGCAGUCUUUGGGGCUUACCUCUUCUGGUCUGACAGAGCCUACGCCAAUGGAUCCAUCCGCCGUGCUUCCAAGAAAGACGCCGUGGACCUAGUGACCAUCAGGAGCGGCUUGGGUGUCAGUCUGAAAGAUGUGAAGGUCUUUAACCAGGAUCGGGAGAAAGGUACGAAUGCUUGCAGCAGAGCGAAUGGAGGAUGCCAGCAACUUUGUUUUUACUUGGGGAAUAACCGGAAAACUUGUGCUUGCGCCCACGGAUAUCUUGCUCAGGAUGGACUCAGUUGCAACAGGUACGAGGGUUACCUGCUCUACUCUGAGAGGACCAUUUUGAGGAGUAUUCAUCUGUCGGAUGAGAAUAACCUCAACUCGCCCAUCAGUGCAUACGAGAACCCGAAUUAUUUUAAAAACGUUAUAGCUUUGGCCUUUGAUCAUCGUCAGAAAGUGCACGGAACCAAUCGGAUUUUCUUAAGCGAUGUUCAUUAUGGGAAUAUACAAGUCAUCAAUGACGACUGGACAGGACGACGUGUCAUUGCUGAGAAUGUUGGUUCUGUGGAGGGGCUGGCGUACCACCGAGGAUGGGACGUCCUGUACUGGACAAGCUCCACCACAGCCACCGUCACCCGUCACAGCAUUGACCAGACAAGACCAAACGCCUUCAACCGAGACACUGUGGUCUCCCUGUCUGAGGAGGACCAUCCACAUGUCCUCACUCUGGACGAAUGCCAGAACUUGAUGUUCUGGACUAACUGGAACGAGCAGAAGCCGAGCAUCAUGAGGUCAACUUUAACUGGCCGGAACGUCCGCAUCAUUGUUAGCAUGGAUGUCAUCACCCCUAAUGGACUCACCAUCGACCACAAAGCUGAAAAGCUGUAUUUUUCCGACGGCAGUCUCGGCCACAUCGAGAGGUGUGAUUACGAUGGCUCGCACAGAUACGUCAUUGUGAAAUCAGGACCCGGAACAUUCUUUGGCUUGGCAAUUUACAGAGACUUCAUCUUCUGGUCCGACUGGACGCGGAGGGCCGUGAUCCGCUCUGAUAAGUUCACCGGAGCCAAUUCGAAAGUCCUCCGUGCAGAUAUCCCUCAUCAACCGAUGGGAAUCGUUGCUGUUUCCAAUGACACCAACAGCUGUGAGUCAUCCCCCUGCGGCGUGAAUAAUGGAGGGUGCCAUGAUCUCUGUCUGUUGACUCCUCUUGGUGUGGUAAACUGUACUUGCCGUGGAGAACGGAUGUUACUGGAUGAUAACAGAUGUGUAUCUAUGAACUCCUCCUGUAACAUCCACUCUGAGUUCCAGUGUGGAAAUGGGGAAUGCAUCGAUUACCAACUGACAUGUGACGGCAUUGCGCACUGCAAAGACAGGUCCGAUGAGAAGAUGCAGUAUUGCGAAAACCGGAACUGCAGACACGGCUUUAAAUCAUGCUAUAACCAGCGCUGUGUGGCCAACCAUCAAUUCUGUAAUGGCGCGAAUGAUUGUGGGGAUAACUCAGAUGAAGUUUACUGUAACAAUUCCUCGUGUUCUUCCUCCGAGCGACGCUGUGCAGACGGUUCCUGUAUUCCCGCGUCAUCUUGGUGUAAUCAGAUCAUCGAUUGUGCUGAUGCAUCGGACGAGAAAGGCUGUAAUAGCACAGACUGCAUGGAAUACUACAGACUGGGUUCUCGCACCAGGAACAAUGAUAGGUUUCUAAGAUGCAAUUCCACAUCGCUGUGUGUUCAUCCCUCCUGGAUCUGUGAUGGAGCCAACGACUGCGGGGAUUACGCAGACGAAAUACACUGCCAUGCUUCUUCAGUCCAUACGUGUGAGGAUGGCCAUUUCGCGUGUCCCAGUGGAAACUGUAUCUCCAGCGUCUGGUUGUGCGAUGGACAGAAAGACUGCGAGGAUGGAGCGGAUGAAUUUCAAUGCGAUUCAUCUUGCCUUUGGAAUCAGUUCGCCUGCUCGAAAAACAAGUGCAUCGCCAAACAGUGGCUCUGUGACGGGGAGGACGACUGUGGUGACGGAUUGGACGAAAGCGAAGAAAUUUGCGGUUCGGCAACGUGCGCCCCCGGUUUGUUUAGUUGCCCAGGAUCGUACGCUUGUGUACCCAGGAACUGGUUAUGUGAUGGCGAGAGAGAUUGUCCCGAUGGCAGCGAUGAGCUAGCAGUAGCUGGCUGUGCUCCAAACAACACGUGCACAGAGAACACGUUCCAGUGCCGGAACCAGAACUGCAUCCCGCGGCGUUUUGUGUGCGACCAUGACGACGACUGCGGAGACAGUUCUGACGAGUCUCUGGAAUGCGAAUAUCGUUUAUGCAAAGAGGAGGAGUUCCGCUGCACAGAUGGGAGGUGUUUAUUGAGUGCCCAAUGGGAGUGUGACGGCUUCCCUGACUGUCUGGACCAAUCUGACGAACUGCCACUCAACCCAAAGUGUUCCGCUGCAGAAAGUUUGUGCAAUGGGUCGGUUUUCAUGUGCGCAAAUGGCCGCUGCGUUCCACUGAGAAGCGUGUGUAAUCAGCACAAUGACUGCGGGGACCAAUCUGACGAGAGGAACUGCCAUGUUAACGAGUGUUUGAACCGUAAAGUCAGUGGCUGUACCCAGGACUGUCAAGACCUACCUGUGGGAUACAAGUGUACGUGCUGGCCGGGGUUCCGUCUGAAAAACGACGGCAGGACUUGCAUUGACGUGGAUGAAUGUUCCGAAAACUUUCCCUGCAGUCACCAGUGCAUCAACACCUACGGGUCUUUUCACUGCCUGUGUGCCGACGGGUAUCAGCGUCCCGCCAGUAACCCGCAGAGCUGCAGGUCUCUCUCAGUGGAGGAGCCUUUUCUUAUUCUUGCUGACCAUCAUGAAAUCAGAAAGAUCAGUCUGGAUGGAUCAAACUACACUCUUCUAAAACAGGGUUACUCAUAAUUCAUCUCUCUCGACUUUGGAGACAGGAAGGAGUUGAUCUAUUGGAUUGACACUAGCAGGCCCAGCGGACGCAGAAUAAACAGAAUGCGCCUGAAUGGAAGUGACCUCAAGGUGGUUCACAGGACGUCGGUCCCCAGUGCUCUCUCUGUGGACUGGAUCGGCAAGAACUUGUACUGGUGUGACGGCGAGAGAAAGACCGUCGAGGUGGCGAAAGCUAAUGGACUCUACCCGACCAUACUGCUGAGGACUGGCUUGAGAAAUCCAACUGCUCUGGCUCUCGACACUCUCAUGGGAUUUGUGUUCUGGAUUGACUGCUGCGAGCAGCCCCAAAUUGGACGGAUCGGAAUGGACGGCAAUAAGCCACGUGUCAUAAUCGAUACAGAAAUACAUGCUCCCUCAGCCUUGACCAUUGACCACAUCAACAAAAGGAUCUACUGGGCUGACGAGAACCAUAUCUUGUUUUCGAAUAUGGAUGGUACAAAAAGACACAAAGUCCCAAUCAAGGACAUAGGUGGCGUAACUGGUCUCACACUGUUUGAGGACUUCAUCUACUGGAGCGACCAGAAGUCAAAAACCCUCAGUCGCUCGCACAAGACGUCUGGCGGCCAACAUACAGAACUCCUCAGCUCCUGGCAAACCAUUCGAGACAUUAAAGUCUACCAUCCGCUCCGCCAGCCUGACGUGCCAAAGCAUCAGUGUCAGGUGACUAAUGGAGGGUGUAGUCACCUAUGCCUUCUUUCCCCUGGUGGGGGAUACAAGUGCGCUUGCCCUACGCACUUUUACCUGGCGAACGACAACAAAACCUGUCUCUCUAACUGCACUGCCAGUCAGUUCCGCUGUGGUACGGAUGAGUGUAUUCCAUUCUGGUGGAAAUGCGACACCGUGGACGACUGCGGAGAUGGAUCUGACGAGCCGGCAGAUUGCCCUGAGUUUAAAUGCCAGCCUGGAAGGUUCCAGUGCGGAACGGGUUUGUGUGCCCUCCCUCCCUUCAUCUGUGAUGGAGAGAACGACUGCGGAGACAACUCAGAUGAAGCCAACUGUGACUCAUAUAUCUGCCUGUCUGGCCAGUUUAAGUGCACUCACCGGCAGAAAUGCAUCCCAAUAAACCUGCGCUGUAACGGACAAGAUGACUGCGGAGAUGGUGAAGAUGAAACCGACUGCCCCGAGAACACUUGCUCGCCGUCCCAGUUUCAGUGCAAGACCACAAUGCACUGCAUCUCCAAGCUGUGGGUGUGCGACGAGGACCCCGACUGCGCCGACGGCUCGGAUGAGGCCAACUGCGAUGAAAAGACAUGUGGGCCUCAUGAAUUUCGCUGCAAGGACAACAACUGCAUCCCGGACCACUGGAGGUGUGACGGGCAGAGCGACUGCAGCGACAAUUCAGAUGAAGAGAACUGCAAACCAGUAACAUGCAACUCAAAAAAUUUCAUUUGUGCCAACGGAGAGUGCAUCUCCUCACGCUUCCGUUGUGAUGGUGACUUCGACUGUACUGAUAACUCAGACGAGAGAGGCUGUGAGAGCCACUGCUCCGAGGAUCAGUUCCAGUGCCUGAAUCAUCUCUGUAUCUCAGUCAAAUGGCUCUGUGAUGGACAGGAAGACUGCAAAACCGGGGAAGAUGAGGCCAACUGUAGCCCUGCCAACACUGCCAUGACAGCUCGGCCUACGUCAUGUGCUCAGAAUGAGUAUGUUUGUGUUGGAGGAGGCUGUGUGUCGGCUGGCCAACGCUGUGAUGGACAAAAUGACUGUUCAGAUGGAUCUGAUGAGGUGGACUGUAUCUGGGAGUGUAAGGAGGACGAGUUCUUGUGUCGUAAUCGGGCACACUGUGUUCCCGCUCGCUGGAGGUGCGACCGAGUCUUUGACUGCUUGGAUCAAAGUGACGAGGACAACUGUGACCAGGGGUCGUUGGCGUGCCGUGCAGACGAGUUUGUUUGCAACAACACGCUGUGUAAGCUGCUGGUCUGGCUGUGUGAUGGUGAGGAUGACUGCGGAGACAACUCUGAUGAAGAUUCAAACAUGUGCGGAAAGCUGCCAUGUCCUCCAAACAGACCGUUCCGCUGCAGGAAUGACAGAGUAUGUCUGCGGACUGAACAAAUCUGCAACGGAGUGAAUGACUGUGGUGACAAUUCAGACGAAGUUGACUGUGUGGAUGUGGUCAAAAGGCCGAGGCCAUGUGGGAAAUCCGAAUUCUCCUGUGCCAAUCACCGCUGCAUCCCGGCCGAGCUGCAGUGCGACUUCUUUGACGAUUGUGAAGACGGCGGAUCAGAUGAGCGUGACUGCAAGGCAUAUUCUGUAGAUGGUGCGUGUCGAGAACGGGCCGACUUGUGCGGAGACGACGCUUUCUGCAACCAUACAAAAACACCCUCAGUCUGCCAAUGCAAAGUCGGAUUUCAGAGAAACCAGAAGAACAAGCAAUGUGAAGAGGUAAACGAGUGUCUCCGGUUCGGGAGCUGCUCGCAGUACUGCACCAACACCAAAGGCUCGUACAAGUGCACUUGUGACCGAAACUUCAAGGAGAUCAAUGGGGAAUGCAUCACAAAGGGACCAGAAGAUCAGGUCCUCUACGUGGCCAACGACACAGAAAUCCGCAGUUUUGUCUAUCCUUACAACCAGUCUCAUGGACAUACUCAACUGGCCCGAAUCUCAGACAGCGCUCGCAUCAUCGGCAUGGACGCGCUAUUUCACCAUCACAAGUUUGUGUGGGCCACUCAGUUUAACCCCGGGGGAAUAUUUUACAAAGACCUCCAGGACAGGAGUCCAGUCACGUCAAACAGUGGAGUCAUAUGUUCAGACUUCCGGAGGCCCAGGGACAUCUCGGCCGAUUGGGUGACGGGGAACCUGUACUGGACAGAUCACUCCCGGAUGCACUGGUUCAGCUACUACACGGCACACUGGCGCAGACUUCGCUAUUCCAUUAAUGUGGGACAGCUGGGGGGUCCCAACUGCACCCGGCUCAUCACAGACAUUGACGGGGAACCUUUCGCUAUUACCGUUAACCCUGUACGGGGGAUGAUGUACUGGACCGUGAUUGGGGACCACUCUCACAUUGAAGAGGCCGCCAUGGAUGGGUCCUUGCGUCGCAUUUUGUUGGAGAGGAACUUGCGUAGACCGACGGGAAUUGCAAUUGAUUAUUUGUUUUUUAUUGGAUACGUCUUGUUUGGUUUUGUUACAGGAAUUUCUCAACCCUUCCGAAUUGAUCUGUUUGAGGACUACAUCUACGGGGUCGGCAUGAAACACGACGUCUUCAGGGUUCAUAAAUAUGGGAAGCUGCCCGCCGAAAAGCUCAGUCUGGGUGUGGAGAGAGCGUCCAGCAUCUUGGUCUUCCAUCGGUACAAACAACAGGAGGUGUCCAAUCCAUGUGCAAAGAUGAAUUGUGCUUUCCUUUGCCUCCUGAACCCCAGUGGGGCCAGAUGUGUGUGUCCUGAGGGGAAAAUUCUGAUGAUUAUGACCUGAACGGGAACUGAACGGAUAUCAGGAGAUCUUUGUCGCCCGACCUGUGAGAACGGAGGUCGUUGUAUCACCAAUGAACGAGGGGAAUCACGCUGCUUCUGCUGGCCGAACUACUCUGGGGAGCGAUGUGAAAUCAGCCACUGUAAGGACUUCUGCCUCAACGGAGGCACUUGCACGGGAUCUCCACUAGGUAGGCGUUGUUUUAAGCCCACGUGGUCCGCUGCGUGUCGCUGUUUCACCGGGCCUCUGUGUGAGAAGAGUGUUUGUGACGGUUACUGUCUGAAUGGAGGCACAUGUGACGUGACCCUGGGGAACCAACCCGAGUGCCACUGUCUGGCAGAAUACACCGGAGAACGCUGUCUUCACCGUGUUCUGCAAACUGGUCAGGAACACAGUGCGAAAGACCUGCAACCCAAACCAACCGUUCAGAAAAAUUUUAUUAUUAUUUUUUUUUCAGGAAGUAUUGCCAUAAUAGUGCCUCUAGUUCUUCUUGUAUGCAUUAUCACCGCUGUUGCAGUGGGACUCCUUAUUUGCAAAAGAUGUCGAAGAGGUAAACAGGUUCAGCGGCAGCCUAUGGCCAAUGGUGGCUUGAAUGUGGAGAUCGGAAAUCCGUCCUAUAACAUGUAUGAAGUUGAUCAUGACAAUCACGUAGAUGUGGGAAGCUUUCUUCACCCCAGCUUCACCCUUGACCCUCAUAAGGGCUGGUGUGUGAAGUCAAGCGACCCUCGCAAUUUGCCCCCUGCGCGCCCACUGACUGCACACACUUUACCCAUCCAGAACCUUCCAAAGGAGCUCAUUCCGGGCCAGGCCAUGAAAUAUUCAAACCCCAUCUACUCAAAGAUGACGUACCAUGACAGACGGCAAUGUCGAAAGCCAGUCAUCAACCUCGACAUGAGACGCGAUUUACUCCCAAAGAGGCUGGAAACGACGAUUCGAGAAACGGCGGCGUAACCUAGCUUUCUACAACCUGCUUCGUUUUUAUAAAGAGCUGUAUAAAAUAUAUGAAAAAAUAAACUUUUCCAGUCAGGUUAAAUCAUCUCACCUUGUGUCCCACAUAAAUGUGCCAGUUUUCGUUUUAACAGUUGCUUUCUGUUGCAACCAAAAUGUCUUUUUAUAAAUGACAAAUGCAGUGUUUUUCUUUGCUUUGUGACUUUGUAAAUGCACUACACGAACAUGAAAAAAAUGAAACGGACAAAGCUGCUCAAUCUCAAAAGGCUUUAUAAACAUUUAAAGACAAUUUUAUAUAGGUUCAUUUACCUACACACUAUGUGUAUGUUUUCCUGUUGGUGAAACAAUCGCCAAUGCCUAGAUAUUCCCAAGUUGCCUCUUACAUUUAUCAGUAUUAGAAAAAAGAGACACUUAUUUAAUAAAUGCAUCAUAUGCUCAUCACAGAUUUUAUUUUUGAUAUCUCACCGAUGUUUCUUGCAUAUGUUUAUCUUUAAGUUGACCGGUGUUUCCAGGCGCUUUAAAUAUGGCAGUCAAAACCGAAAGUGAAAACAACCCACCACGAUGGUUUUGCAACUGUACAACUUGAAACCAUGUUAUUUAAUUUUCAUAUCGCAAAAUGUCUUUCAGCACUUAAAAUGACUGAAAACUAAUUUUGUCACAUAGCCUCACUUUAACUCACUGGUUGUGAAAUGACACGCGCGAGACUCUUGUAAUGACAUGUUUGAUGAAAAAAACAACAACAAAAAAAAACAACACUUUCUCUGUGCAAAUGUACACAACUAGAGGACAAGGAAAAAAGUUUUAUAAUUUUAUAGUUGAUUUGUACGUCCGGUUUGCUUGUAUUUUCUGGAAUGUAUUAAAUGUAGAACUUUUAUACAAAAUG